AUGAAGGUCAAGAUCCUCUCAUAUCACGCUGUCGCUGCCUGGCGUUGGGACAUGCCCGAGGAUGACGACUGCGGCAUCUGUCGUGUCCAGUUCGACGGUACUUGUCCGAAAUGCAAGUUUCCGGGAGACGACUGUCCUAUCAUCAUGGGACAGUGUACACAUUCAUUCCAUAUGGUACACAGCAUUAUUCACGCUUCUCAAUCCAUCAUACUAACAUGCACCAAGCAUUGUCUUGAUACCUGGAUCAACCAAGAGUCCAGUCAAGGCAGAUGUCCCAUGUGCAGACAAGUUUUCCGUAUCAAAGGAACCGCCGACCAGAGUGAAGCCCAACCCGAGCAGACUUCAUCUUGA